AUGGCAGCUCUGGGUCUCGUUCCGGCCAAGUCCUUGCGAGCUCCGAAUGCGCUCGUUCGCAGUAGCCCGGACCUCUCGGCAUCCUCCCUUCUCGAUGAGAAAUUUGGAUUGGUUUCUGGAACGUGGGCCGGCACCGGCAUAUGCGACCUGCGUGCGUCUGUGGCAGCGCAGCAGAAGCAGAUCGACUCUUUGGUGGAUCGAGUCGCGGUGCUGCUGUCGUCCAUGCACUCAGAGGCAUGUUCUGCCAUGCGGUGUGAUAGCCUUUGCUCACUUACGCAUUAUUCAAGAGACCAUGCAAAUAGGCCUUUGGUGCGACUGUUUGACUGCAACCUUUCAGAUUCGCUGCCCGUCCCCUUGGUUCCUCAAGCUGCCCUGCAUGCUCUUGUUUGGACGUUUCGGUGUCAGGUCCUGCAAGACGUGCAAGCUGCAUUUAGCGCAUUCAACUUCGAUGCCCGGUUGAUGGAGAUGCGCAGGGUGGGUGAGGAGCUGGAUGCACGACUGAAUGAGUUCAGAGUGCAAGUUCGGCGAUUUGGCAUUAGCGAUGCUGCUUCAGUCCAGGAUCAGCUGGUGCGUCUUGGAGAGAGCAUGAGCGGUUUAGAUGUGCGCUUCUCGGGGCAUGAACACAAAGUGCAUGAGCUGGAGGAUCAGGUCGGCGAGAGCAUGAUAGCAGUUCAUGAUCGUCUCACUUCCCAGUGGGAUGGUGCAUCAGCGGAGUUCAAGAAGCUGUCUGACCGUCUCGAAAGCGCAGAGUCCGACAUCGCCCUUCUCUCUGAUGAGGAUCCUGCGCACAGCUUCACCGACACUAUACGAAAGGCAUCAGAUUCCUUGCGUGCUGAAUGCCAAGAUUUCGUGCUCCAACAGCUUGAGCCUGCCACUGCCCGACUGACAGCUUUAGAGGAUGUGCUGCAGGAACAUUUCUCACAGCAGCACCAAGACCUUUUACAGGCUUUGCGAAGCGCUUCCGAAGUGGCCGAGGAACAGGAGGGAGAGCGGGCAAAGCAGAAGGACUGGCUAAGACAGACGCGGGAUGACAUGAGGCAGCAUGGGGAGCAGCUCCUCCAACUCACGCGCGAGGUCAGGGAUGUCCGUGCGUUCGCCUCUACUCUGGAGGGGGCCGUGGAAGGCCAUAGGAAACAAGUAGCCAACCUGGAGCUGAAGCCCUCCGCCCAAGACGUUGUUGAACGCGUAGACCUGGUGCAAGCGAAAGUUGAAGCCUUGGCAGAACAACGCAGCAUGAACCAAAAGGUGGUCCAGAGGGUCGACGAGGUGGAUGCGCGGCUCACUUCCAUCAGCUGUUCCACAAGCCAGGAGUUUCGAUUCCUGACGCAGCAGGUGCGGGAUUUGGAGGGCGCGCUGAACAGCCAAGCAGAAGGCAACGAGAAAACCACGAAGCAGACCAAGCAUUUGCAAGACCAGGUGCAGGAUUUGGUUUCGUUUGUGAAGGAACUUCCCAUGGCCGUGCUGUCUGGGUCCAGCCUGCAAACAGACACAGAAGACCGCAUGCUGCAAGCUCUGGAACGGAAAGUAGACAUGGCACUCCACGACUUGCGAUGUCAGCUGGAAUUGCAAAUCGAACAGAUUUCAGAUCGAGAGCAGCGACAGAGACUUCAGAGCGAUUCGCGUGCUCUCGAAGAAGCACGAAUGCAGAAGAUGGUAUUCGAUGUGCGCAAGGAGUUUGAGCAGAAACUAGCUGAUGCUGGAAUGGGAACGCAGCAAAUGCUGAGGGAAUUGCGGCAGGAGUUUGAGGCUCGAUCAUCUCAAUCACAGCGACACGGAGAAGAUUUGAGGCGAGAACUAGAGCUCAAGUUGGACAGGAAGUUUUGCUCGUCAGAAAUGGUGCUGGAAGAGUUUCGGCAUACUUUGGACAACCUCCGCACCCAACAGCAAGGGACCCUCCACAAAUUCUCAGAGGACAUGAAGCAGCUGGGUGCGGAACUUGAAGUACGACUUGUCAAAGCACAAGGCUCGAGCCACAGGCUCGCAGCAGAGCUCCGAAAAGAUCUGGAUGUGGCUGGCAUGGCAACGCUCCCUGUGUACAAGAUGUGCAAGGAUGAGCAGAACCUUGCGGAGACAAGCCGCUUGGUGCUCCAGGAGGAGCUUCAAGAUAGCGAGCGACAGCAGCUGGUAAACGAGUUUCGGCAGGACUGUUUGGACGCAGCAAGCAGCGACCAGGUCCGCCAGGCUGCCGAGGCAGGAGCUAUGGCGCUGAACGCGCUGAAAGCUACUUGA